CAUCUUCCUCGUCCAGCUCCAUAUUCCGCACCUUCAGCUCCCACAAAAUAUGACCUAUACUCGCAGGAAUUCAGAGGAGUAACCGCGGCGGCAGCGAGGUGGGAAGCUAGGUUCAAUACCGUUACUCAUUUUAAGGUUCAGUCAAGUCUGCAUGAAGUGGCCCGUGGAAGCACAGGAAGGGAAAGAGCGCGCAGAGGAAGCGAGAGACAGCGCGGGACGGUGUAUUUCACGGCCGGGGUGCUUGUCUAUUUCACUCGGAGACCUCUCCCGCAGCUUUGCGUAACUAUGGAGUUAAAUGGAAACAAAUAAACAUCUUGCUUCCUGGAUCUGGCUGUGCAUUUAAAAGAAACAACCUUACUUCACGCAAUAUUCACGGACAGAUAUUAGUUGUGGACUAAAACCUCGUACCUGUAAAUAGAUUAGUGGCAGAACAUAAAGUCGCCUAAUGCGGAUUAUGAGUUCUCGUCAAGAAAAAGGCUACAUAUCCCCGAGACAUGCGGCAGAGGGCAAUAUCGGGAUAUUGGUUAAAUCUACCAAAAGAUGUAUGUAAAUUGCGUCAGCCUUGCAACUCGUCAAGAUCAGAAAACAUUCAGAAGUCAGAAGCAUCUGUCGACAGAGAAGCACAGUCAACCUCGCUCCCAGUAAUUUAUCCCACGAUUGCAGGAGAAUCAUCUUUUCUGAGAUUAAAGAGGGUGCUCCGCCGUGAAACCCCAAUUUGGCUGUGGAAAGGAAACUGUAGAUGAGUACAUUCAAUAUUUUAACUGGAUCAAAUAUGUUGUGCACAAAGCUCUUUCAUCUCCAGUACCGUUAUCUCAGGUGCAGGCAGUCUAAGUGGAUUUUGACAGGAGUCAUCUCUUUGGGUGCGUUAUUCUUUCUCAUAAGCCACGAGAAAGAUUAUGUAAACUUGGAACUCACUGAAGAGGAUCCCAGAUACUACGUAAACUGUACGAACAUUAUCAAUGGAAAUGAAGUGGCAAUAAAUUACGCUAAACUUCAGACAAUGUCAAAAGCAUAUAAACAUCGUUAUGUGCUGAGUGAGAAAGAUUACAUAAACUUGACCAAAAACUGUGAUAACUACAUUAAGUUACAAAAAUAUAUCACAUUUCCACUGAGUAAACAAGAGGAAGAUUUUCCAAUUGCAUAUUCAAUUAUAAUCCAUCAUAGAAUUGAGAUGUUUGAAAGACUUUUAAGGUCCAUAUACACACCUCAGAAUUUUUACUGUAUUCAUGUGGACCAAAAAUCAUCCAAGAUCUUUCAAGAAGCAGUUAAGAGCAUUGCUGCAUGCUUUGAUAAUGUAUUUCUUGCUAGCCAUCUUGAGUCUGUAAUCUAUGCAUCCUGGAGCAGGGUUCAGGCCGAUUUAAAUUGUAUGAAGGAUCUCCAACAAAAUAAUUCAAAAUGGAAAUACCUCAUUAAUCUCUGUGGCAUGGAUUUCCCCAUAAAAACCAAUCUAGAAAUGGUGGAAAUGCUCAAAACCUUAAAAGGAUCAAACAGUCUGGAAACAGAAAUGACCGCACCCCAUAAAGCAAUGAGGUGGAAAGUGAAACAUACUGUAGUGAACGGAGCGAUAAAAAAUGCAGCGAUUGAUAAAAAACCUCCUCCAAUUGACACACCAAUGUUUUCAGGAAGUGCCUAUUUUGUUGUUAAUAGAGAUUUUGUAGAAUAUUUAUGGAGAAGCUCUAAAGUACAGAAGUUUAUUGAAUGGGAAAAGGACACUUACAGUCCCGAUGAGCACAUGUGGGCAACCCUUCAAAGAAUGCCUGAUGUCCCUGGAUCAACCCCUGUCAGUAAGAAAUUUGACAUCUCUGACAUGAAUGCUAUCGCAAGACUGGUAAAAUGGAGCUACCUAGAAGGUGAUAUUUCCAAAGGAGCACCUUAUCCACCCUGCACUGGUGAACACAUCCGUUCAGUGUGUGUGUACGGAGCAGGAGAUCUGAAGUGGAUGCUACAGCAGCAUCACCUGUUUGCCAAUAAGUUUGACUCAAUGGUUGAUAAUGUUGCAAUUCAAUGCUUAGAGUGGCAUCUCAGGCAUAAAGCAAUUUCUGAUAUUUUAAACUUUGCAUAGAUAUCUUCCUAAAGAUUUGAGAGAAUGAGAGGACACCAUCAUGUUUUGCACCCUUAAUUUAGCGAAGAACAUCAAACGGGUCGUAUUAAUUUUGAAUCAAAAAGUCCCUGUCUUGACAUGGAAGGUUGGGCAAGUUAUCGGGUUGGGCCUUGACGGUGGUCCUGACUCCUGAGUCUUCACGCCUUGUAAUUGCCCUAAUAGACUUUUGACAACUUGUACGACCAAAGAGUUUUUUAAAAAUACUGUUAAAUAUCAAUGAUGAUUAGAGAUAUUU